AUGGAUGAACAACAGCUGAAAGAGCCCAUUAGUAAAGUCUCUCUGAUAAAAGAUGAGCUGAAUCGGAGCAACGUGGAGUCUAGUGACACAGAGAAGAUCAUUCAGCACUUGAAUACGGAGCUGCAGGAAGCUCAGGAGCAAGCCAACAGUAGCAAACACAAAUGUGUGGAGUUACAAGGUCUACUGGAGGAGGAGAAGAGAGCCAACAAGCAACAGACAGAAGAAUCCUCAAAGCAGAUGAAGAUCCUUCAGACUCAGCUCCAGAAACUGCAGGAUGACAUGGAGAACCUCAGGGAACAAAGGGACAUGGCUGUCUCCAACAUGAGACAGGAAGUACUCGCAGCCCAGGAGGAAGUGCAGGUGCUUCGCCGCGCCAUGGAGAACACGUCCGCUGAGCGGGAGCAUGAGAUCAACAUGUUAAAGGGUAACCUAUCAACGGUAACCACGGAGUUAGAGAAAUGGCGACAGGCCGCGUCCAAGUACGAGCAAGAGAUUGACAGUCUCCAGGCCAAUCACCAGCAACAAAACCAGCAGAGAGACAGGGCUGCUAAACAGCAAGCAAGUGAGCUGGAGAAGCUGCAGAGAGAAUAUGACGGUCUCAAGAGGGAGUGUGCAGCAGUGAGGUCAGAGAAGGAGCAGCUUGUGGAUAAACAUCAGAAAGAGAGGAGUAGCCUGCAGAGUGAGAGCUCCACUCUCCGUUCAGAAAGAGACCAGCUGCAGAGGAAGCAGCAGCAGCUUGAGAGAGAGCUGGACAGCUGUAGGACACAGAGCUCAGAGCUCAGCAGGACAGUGAAGGCCCUGGAGAAGACGCAGGCCGACCUAGAGAAACAGCUCAGCUCUCUGAAAGAGCAGCAUCAGAAGGACUCUGGCAAACUCCAGACACAGCUGGAGCAAAACAACAGCAGGAUAAAAGAGCUGCAGAAAGAGUAUGAACUGACCCAGGCAGAACUGUCAGAGCUGAGGGACAAAUACGAAAACACACAACAAGAGAAAAAGUCGGUCACUGAAGAGCUACAGCAAUGCCAAGAACACUUGAAGGCACUGCAGGAAAAAGGAAGCCAAGGCAGAUGGAUCAGGUGGAUGCCUGUCGUAGCAGUAAUGGUUGCUGUGACAACGGUUGUGGUUUAUAAGACCUCAGCUUGA